AUGAAGGAAAAAGUACGUGGUUCUAAUAAUUCCCUGUGCAAUUAUUUCCGAAAGUGUCACAUCGUAAGUAUGAUUGCUAUCAUUUGUGUGACAUUUCUGAAUGUUCCAAAUUAUGCUUCUACUUCGGUUAUCAAAGCUUCGUCGAAUAACAAAAUUUCGAGAUGUUUGGGUAAUUUCGAUGAAAUACUAAAUGAACGCCCUUCCGAAGAUAUUUCUACUCCUGGAAAUUCUUCUGGUGUAUAUUUCAAAUUAGAUGAUAAUAACCAAGGGGGAGAAAUGAAACAUUUUUUUAAUGUUGAAGGACAAUUAACAGAUAUGAUUGACUCUUCUGAGGAAUUACACCAAAAUGAUCAUUCACCCGAGGUGAUAGAAGAAGCAUACGAUUCAAAUGAGGAAUCAAAAGAAAAUAUGGAUAACUAUUAUAAUUUUAAAGAACCAACUGAAACUUUAGAAGAAUCAGAAAUGGAUGUGUCAACUCGUGAUUUUAUGGACCCAACCUUAGACAUUCAAAACAAUUUUUAUCAUACCAAAAAGUAUGGUGAAGAUCCCACUAUAUUAAGUGAAAACGAGAAGGAAAAAUUGAAAGAAUAUAUUUCCUCAUUGCGUAUGAAAUGUUCUGACCUCAGAAAUGAAUUAAGCGAAGAUGAAGUAAAUGAACUUAUUUUUCAUGUGCAUGAUAAUUCAUCUGUUGACGAAUUAAGUAAUUUAUUGUGGCAACUAUGA